CGGAAGUAUCAGGCGGCAGUACCCCGUCGUAUUGGCGUUAAAGUCAGUACAUCCGCGGCUGGUGUCUGAGGGGUCGUCCACAGACAGUUGUUCCUACAGCGCGCAUCUAACUUCCAGGUGUCACCGGGCACACGCCACAGACAAGACACCGACCGACACACACGGAGCACGAGGCCAUGUGGUGGUUUCAGCAGGGCCUCUGCAUCCUGCCCGUAGCGCUGGUGACCUGGACAUCAGCCAGCAUCAUCUUCGUCUACAUCACAGCGGUGGUCCUGAGACACGUUGACCCUCUGGUACCCUACAUCAGUGACACGGGAACGAUGGCCCCGGAGAGAUGCCUGUUCGGGUUGAUGCUUGACGUGUCCGCAUUCCUAGGCAUGGCCACCACAUAUGUGCGCUACAAGCAGGUGCAGGCUCUGACAGGACACGGAGAUCAUAAACUCCACAACCUCAACCAUGUUGGCCUUGUGCUGGGCUGGAUCAGCUCCUUUGGCAUGUGUGUUGUUGCCAACUUCCAGAAAACCACCCUGUUCUCCAUGCAUCUGGUAGGGGCCGUGCUGACGUUUGGGGUAGGGGCGCUGUACAUUCUGGUCCAGAUCCUCAUCUCCCUCAAGAUGCAGCCCCAUUUCCACAGUAAGGCCACCUUCAGAGUCCGCCUUGCCAUUGGGAUCUGGACUGUGGCCAGCAUCAUCUCCAUGUUUGUGUCAUCUGUCAUCAUGUACAGCAGUCUGCCUGGUGUGGAUGUGGCUCACAAACUACACUGGAUACCUGGAGAAAUGGGUUACACAGCUCACAUCAUCAGCACCAUCUCUGAGUGGUCGUUGGCUUUAUCCUUCGUCAGCUUCUUUCUCACGUACAUCAGAGACUUCCAGAAAAUUGAUUUACAAGCAGAAGUGAAUCUACGGAGCGGCCAUCUGUAUAACGACUUCUACAGCACAGCAGUGGUCAACCAAGCAGAAACUUCACCACUUUUAGCAGGAAGCAUAUGAGCCAAAUAGCUCUUGUCUCUGUACAGUUAGGAACAUGUUCCCAAGGCCACAGAGAUUUACUGACGACAGAUACAUUUAGUUCUUUCUGUCACGCCGGGUGUUCCAGUGUUACCUAAACUGUUUUCACCUGUGUUUUGUACUUAUGAUUGAAAAGGUAUUGAUUUUGCACUUUUUAUGAAGACGUAAUGUAGAUCUAGUUUUUUAUUUACUUUUACUGCUUUGAGACCUGGAAUAAAAACAUAGCAGGUAAGACAUUUUCCACUUUGAUUAGGAUGUACAGUGCUGUAGACAUUUUUUACCCACUUGAACUUUUUUACAUUUUGUUCUUGAAUUAUUUUAUCCCUUCACUAAAACAAUUCAACACAUUUAUAAAGCAAAAACUAACUAGAAUGGAAGAAGUGUCUGUCUGUGUGUCUGACUGUCUGUCUGUCUCUCUGUCUGUCCAUCGAUUUUCUUGACAAUUGUUGAUCCACUCGACUUUACACUUGACGGGUGUUGCUGGGGAUCCAAAAGAAGUGCAGUGUCGAGUGUGAAGUUGUCUGGAUAAGCAGUUCUCGAGAAUGCUGCAAGCAGCAACAGCGGAGGCUGAGCAGUCGGCCCAUUCUUAACAGGCAAAGCACUGUUUUUUGAACUGGAGAACAUUUGUUUUCAAGAAUGAGUCUUAAGAGUUUUCAUUUAAGAAAGUUUACAUUUGGUUAUCGCCAAACAUAGCACUUUGCUUCCAGGCCUGACAGCGCAACUUAAUUCUCACCAUCUCGCUGUACAUGGUCCCAGAGUUUCUCACCAUCUUGCUGUACAAGGUCUCAGAGUUUCUCACCAUCUCGCUGUACAAGGUCUCAGAGUUUCUCACCAUCUCACUGUACAUGGUCCCAGAGUUUCUCACCAUCUCGCUGUACAAGGCCCCAGAGUUUCUCACCAUCUCGCUGUACAAGGUCCCAGAGUUUCUCGCCAUCUCACUGUACAAGGUCUCAAGAGUUUCUCACCAUCUCGCUGUACAAGGUCUCAGAGUUUCUCACCAUCUCACUGUACAUGGUCCCAGAGUUUCUCACCAUCUCGCUGUACAAGGUCUCAAGAGUUUCUCACCAUCUCACUCUACAAGGUCCCAGAGUUUCUCACCAUCUCACUCUACAAGGUCCCAGAGUUUCUCGCCAUCUCGCUGUACAAGGUCUCAAGAGUUUCUCACCAUCUCACUGUACAAGGUCCCAGAGUUUCUCACCAUCCCACUGUACAAGGUCUCAGACUUUUUUGCAUGCUUUCUAGCAAACUUCAGAUGUAACUUAAUAUUGGCCUUUCUCAGAACUAGCUUACCUCCAGCGACUCUCCCAAAGAAGGCAAAUCCGAAGGUACAGGAGAUUUUUGAUGUCUGUGGACAGUUUUGUAUCAUUUCGGCCAACAACUCAGCAUGUUCGUAGUACUUCCUAACUUACUUUUUUAUUUUUAUUUUGUAUUACAUUUUUGUUAUAAUGUAUUUUCUGGUGCCCCUAGGAAGAUUGAAAUCUUUGCCAAUGUUUUUAUGUUGUUCUACAGUUUUUUUGCACCGAAUGGCUUCAUCCCAAAGUUGAUGAUGAGGAUAACUCAAACUAGGACUGCAAGUAGUUGUUACUGUUUGGAUGUAUGUACUUAUGUUGUCUAUUUGUUGUAAUUGUAAUGUUGGCCAUCUAAUGAAACAUUCAUGUGUUUUACAAUUUACCUUUACAGAUUUACAUAUGUACAGAUUUUACUGAAUUUACUAUGUGUAAUUGAAUUGCUUAAAAAUGUCACUGAUCAUCCAAAAAAAAAAAACC